AUGGAGACGACAGGGAGGACGACGACGGCCAAGCGGGCCGCCGCCGCCGCGGGAGCAGCAGCGGUGCUCUGUAGCAGAUCCGGUGGGGGGAAGACGACGGACUUCCUCCUUCGGUGGGGCAACCGGAAGCGGCUCAGGUGCGUCAAGGCCCAGUCCCACGAAGAACAACCCCGCAAGGAGAGCACCGCCAUCGCCACCAACAAGAAGGCUCCUCCUCCUCUCCGGCGGGCCUCUCCCGCUCAUCGACCCGCCGGCUACAACACUCGGUACGAUCCCUCUCCCUCUCCAUCUCCAUCUUCGAUAAGAUCGCUGGAUUCUUCGCACGGUGGGUCCCUGGGGCUGCCGGUGGCGCUGACCGGGGCGGGGUCUCCCAGCUCCACUAGAGGCGGAUGGAUGCUUUAAUUCCUCAGUUGUCCUUGUCAAAAUUCCUCAGGCACUCGGAAGCUUCGGCGGCCCAGCAGCUGCAGCAGCAGACGAACGGCCCCGAGGCGGCGCGGGGGAGCCGGAGGGCCGCCGGCGAGAAGGCGGGCAACGGCGAGGGGGGCUCGUCGUCCUCCGGCGGCGACGCGGCGGCGUGGCCCAGUUUCGUCAUCGCCCUAACGACGCGGGAGAAGGAAGAGGAUUUCCUGACCUUCAAAGGGGCUAAGCUGCCGCAGAGGCCCAAGAAGCGGCCCAAGUGCCUCCAGCGGAUCCUCAACGUAAGCCUCGCUCUCUCUUUCUCUCUCUCUCUCUAGAUUUUUCUGAAUAACUAAAAUCGAAAUAAAAUACGCAUGAUAAAUAAAUAAAUAUUAAAAUUUGCAUUUUCCCGCCGUGCUUUAGUGGGCCAUGACGUUGGCUUGUCCCAAAUUGGGUCAGUGGAAUCAGCUUCCUAGCAUCUUCUUCCCAGUGUGGGUCCAUAAGCCCGGAGAAGGUCGACUGAAGAAGGACGGUCCAAUAGUGACCGGUUGUGGGCUUUAAUGGGCCCUUCGUAUAUUUUGGAUGAUGCUUACGUUGGCGCCGUGUUUCCCAGCAGGUGAGUCCGGGGACGUGGCUGGGCGACGUGUCGCUGGAGCGCUACGAGGUCCGGGAGAAGAAGACCUCCAAGAAGGCGGUGGGUGAUCUCCGGCAAUGGCAAUUCCGCUGUGGCCGUGUGGUGGUGUGGGGUUGGCUGAUGAAUCUCUCUCUCCUGUCUUUCUGAUGUGCUCAGGUGCAGAAGCCGAGGGGUUUGAAGGCGAUGGAGAGCGUCCAGAGCGAGUCGGAGUAG